AUGUCUCAUAAUGAUGACCGAUUCCAUUCUGCUAAGCGGAGGAAACUUGACACCCCACAGGGGGCUGAGGAUUCCUCUCCUGUAACAUCACAUACACAGCUACAAUCGCUCCUAGUUUUCCAACAAAAUGUUGUAGAGGCAAAGCAAGGAAUAAGGAAAUUCAAAGAAUUCCUCACGUCUAUAGGACUAGCAGUCAACGAGGGCGAGAAAGCCAAAAAAUUCCGCAUCCUCAAGGCGUACUGCGACACGCAAAUUUCCCGCAACACUGAGGAACCAAUCUGCUUCCCGGAGAUCAUCCAGACGUGGAAUUUCGCGGACAGCAGUAGCCAUGAAUCUUUACUGACAUCCGUGCCUUCUGUUCUCGCCAUAUUCAUCAAGACCGUAUCCAGUAAUCUGGAUUUCCGUGAGUUUGGCAUCGCCCUGUGCAAGCAUUUGCUGCAGAAGGAUCAGUUACGAUUGUUCAACCGUGGCCUUACCGCCAACAAGUCCAAGGAACAUUUGAUUUCCCCUUGUCUCCGUCUUCUCACGGAGAUUGUCAGUUUUGAUGGCGGCGCUGUCGCUCGGCAACUCUAUCUUGCGCGUUACAUCACUUUUAAGCGCAUGGACGUGUUCCUAACGCCGAACAAAGCUCAACUCGAGGAGAGUUCUGGCGACCCUCAGGCCUCUACACUGAGGCGCAAUGCUCAGCGAUAUGUUCUUGCGAACCUGAGAUUCCAGCAGGCUACCAACAAAACCGAUAUCAUCGAGCAGCAAAAGGUCAUGAGGGCGUUCCUUGAGCAUCUAAGAAAAGAUCCGCGGGAGAUUGUUAUCGAUAUCGUUAAAGCAAUCGAAAGAGAUGUAAUCCUGGAUAGCUCCCUUUCUCGGAAUACUAAAACGAAGUUUUUCAGUCGUUGGAACCUCGAGAGACUUGUCACCCUCUAUGGUUAUGACCGCGAGUCUGAGCAGGAAAAUACGACCGGCUUGUCCCUCGCCGACGAGACGCAUAAGAUUCUGAUGACUGUCUGCACGAAAACCGAGCAUGGCGUUUUGCUGCCUCAAAUGGGAUGGUAUCCAAACAAUACUAAUCCGGAGUCACUUCCUAUCGACGACGGUGCAUCAAUUGACCUAGGGCUUGACUCUGCAGCAUACGUGGACAAGUACCGGGAAUCAGUACCUGUUCGUAAUGGCACGCUCUCUUACCUCAUUCAGGUUCUUCGCCCGGACUCCGAUAGUCUUCAAAUCGAGUUACUACUAGCCAUCUUUAAAGCAGCGCCGGAGCUGAUAGCUGACUACUAUACCAAAAAGUCUCUCUUCAUGGCGGAUCCGAAGCCGACACCUUCAUGGAUGGCAGAAUCAACCGUCCUCUUCUCUACAGUCAGCCUACCAGUUCCUGCUAAUUGUGGAUGGAAGGAUAAACUACCUGUCAUGCCUCCACCUGUCUCGGUUGUUAUCGAAAAUGUUCUUCCGCGUCCACUUACACAGAAAGUCCUCAGUCGUUGCUUCAACAUGAACGCCGAGAUCGUCACUCUUUUCGCGGUGAGAAUCUUGACUAUGUCUUUCAAUAAGCUGCGGGCGACCCUGAAGAUCUUUAAUGGCGAUCAUGGCGCCAGUCAGCAUUUGUGGGCUCAGGCCGCGGACAAGUUGAUUGUCGAAUUCGGUCAUAGAUGCCCUCAGAUGAAGGACGUUGUGACUUUGUUCCGAAGAACGGCCAAAGAUGACCUGCAACAGCAGGAGGCGGUCUCCGAACUACUCGCUUCCUUCUACGAAGUCAUGCCAGGUGUGGCUUUUGAGGAGGGCUUCGAUGUCUCCCUUGUUCUCGUCGAUAUCUUGAAAAGACUGGAUGAAGGAAAUCUUGACUCGGAAGAUACCGAACUCUUGAUAAGUCAACUGCAAAAUAUCCUCAAGAUCGCCCAGCAAUCAGCAUCCCUGCGCUGGUGGAAUCAGCCUGGAUCCAUGCAGUUUUCUGCGUUCACCUCCAUCUUGAAAGUCCUGUCUACUGCAUCCUCUGGGGAGUCGUUCAAGGAAAUCCACCAGCUCCUUAAAAAUGUGCUGGCAGAACACUCGGUUAUUCGCCCCUCAAGCUUUUCUGCCCUCCUGCCUAGCUUUGACGCAGCGGAUUCCGAAUCCCUCCUGCACCAGUUGGCCUUUUUCGAUAAUUGCGUGUGCCGCACAGCGAAGAAACCUGUCCAUUAUCAAGACCUAGUCGGAUCUUUGGUUGACGAUUCCAAGCUACUCAGUCCUCUUGUGGCUGCUGUGAUCGAACAAUGGCCUUUUCUUCUCAAAGCUGGGAAUGUGAACACUCAAAAGAGCGUGGGGGAAUUCAUAGCCACUUUGCUCAAGGACCUUCAUUCUUCUGGAGAGAAUCUACAAGGCCUGAAGGCGGCCCGGGACGAAUUAGUCAAUGCCACCGAGGAUAAGAAGCUGAAGUCGCGAUUCAAGAAAGCCUUGAAGGGAUGUGAAGAGGAUGAAGAGGGAGACAAGAAAACGAACACCGAAAAAUCCAACCAACCAUCCUCAGUCCCGAAAAGGGAGUGGCAAGACCUGGACCUUGAAGAAAUAUUUGGGGCUCUGCCGGUUGAGGGCACUACCCAUAACGAACUGUAUCGGUGGGAGCAGAAGGAACUAGAAGAGUCUUUGGAAGAGGGUCGGGUAGGGGAACUCCUACUCUGCCUGUGUUCUGAGCACGAAGAGGUUCGACGACAGGCGCUUCCGAACAUUUCUCGAUUCAUGAUGAAGCUCAAGGAAUCCAAAUACGCCGAAUGGCGGACUGUUUACAUUCUUACUGGAGAGUUCCUCGAGACGAUCAAACAGAUUGGGGUUGAUACGCCCGUGCCACGGAUUGUGGGAGAAUGUGCUUCCAGCUGUCUCUCGGUGCUCGUGGACCCGAUGCAUAAACUCUACGGAAAGGUCAACAAGUUCCUCCAGAAGGCACCAUCAUGGGAGGUGGAGAAAAUCCCAUCUUACUGGAUUGACAAAAUUCUGCUGCAUGAGCCGGAGUUGGAUGACGGCUACUUUGAAGAAAUCGCGUGGUUAUUGGAUUUGCUGAUCAAGGGUCUGAGAACAGAACGGGAUAUGGAGAUCUAUCGCCGAGCCAACGUCUUCGAAAGAGUCCUGUCAUUCUACGAUUCACCGGGUGCUGGUUUCUCUGCGAAGAAGAAGAUUCUGCAUCUGGUGUAUCGCUCGACUCAGGUCAAGGGCAGUACGACUUUGAUUACCAGAGCUGGAAUCAUCAGUUGGAUACAGGCCCAGCUCCCGGCAGUCACUGGCAGGGAUGCGUCCACGCUGACAGCGAUGGCGCAGUCGUUAUAUCAAUCAUCGGACAAUGAUCGGACCGGGACAUGGAGCGGAGGCGCUGUACAACGGGCAGUCGAGCAAAUAACUGCUUAG